UUAAACACAGAGAAUUCAUAGAAGUGUUCAAUUACUGAUUGUCUAUUUGAAUAUUAUAGGAAACAAAACAAUGCAUACAGAAAUGAAGUUAAAUGUACAACGAAUAUUUGUGGGUAACUUACCCACAGUGGUAACUGAAGAUGAUCUUUCGAAGAGGUUCUCCAAAUAUGGAAAAGUACAGUCAACUGAAAUUAAACGACGCUCUGAUGACUCAGUGUUUGCUUAUGUCAAUUUAGAGGCUGACAGGAGUCAUAUAAAUGAAUGUAUUGAAUACAUGUCAAAAAGAAAAUGGCAUGGUCAGCACGUGAAAGUGGAACUUGCAAAAGAAAGCUUUUUGGACCGAUUGGCGAGGGAAAGACAACAGCAACAGUCUGUCGUAAAACAAAUUCGGAUAUCUGCAGGGAUAAAUCCUACAGGAAACUUUAUACAUAAUGGAAGUCAAGAUGAUGAGUUUGUGCAGAAGUGUAAUUUCAAAAAGGAAAGUCAGGGAAAUGCCAAACAAUCAAAUGUUGCAAAAUUUGAAACUGAAGACUCAGGUAUGGGCACUUGUGAAGUGAGCUACAAUAAAAAAUUACCAAUGUUUAAGGGUAUACUAAGUUCUUAUGCAGAAUUGAAACCCAAAUUAGAAGAAACACAAGUACAACCAUCUUCACCACUAAAGAAUGUAUCAGAAAGUAUGAGGAAAGGAAGCAAAAAGAAGGGUAAUCUGGAAAAUGAUUUAUUUCCUGCCAGUGAAAACAUUCGUGGGUAUCAAGAAUCAAAAUUUAAUAUCUUUAAUUAUGAACAUAAGAAGCAGAAAGUCCAGGAUGACCAGAUACAAUUAAAAGUUAUAAAAAAUAGGAGAAGUGUUCCAGAAAUAAAAAGUUUGAAAUCUGAGGAAAUGAGAUUAAAAUCUAUUGAAGAAAAAAGAGUGUCAUUCAAAAAUCAAGUACAAACUGUAAAACGAGCUUUAGCUGCUGUGGAUGCUCCACCAAAUAAAAAAAUUAUUUUCAGUGAUAAUGAAAUGUCUACUGUACAUACAGAUGAUGAAAAUGAUGAUAGUGAAAAGCCAGUUGACAAGCCAUCUACACUCUUUGAUGAUGAAUCAUCAGAUGAUGAAAUAAAUGACUUCAAAAUAAAAGCACAGUUUGAAGGAAGAAAAGGUCAGAAGCUGUUGGAGCUGCAGUCUAAGUAUGCAAAUGACAAGAGAUUUACCUUGGAUGAAAGGUUUUAUGAAAGUGAUGAUGAUGAAGUGUCAGUGGAGCCUGAUAAGGUUGUUGAAUUUCAAGAUGAAAAGAAACGACAGUUGAACAUUCUGCAGGAUGUCCUGGGUGAAACAGCCCACGUGUUACCAGAGAAGAGAGAAAAACCUAGUAAUAGUAGGAGCAUGCUAAGGUUUGAUCCAUUGAAAGCAGAUCAUAAGAGAUUUGAGGUUGCAACAGUUACAACACCUGAGAAAAUAGAGAACGAAAGCAAAAAAAUGAAUGUAGAGAAUGGUCUGAAAAUGCAGGACGAGGAAGAUCAUGAGGUUGAAGAUGAGAAACCUGCAAAAGUGGAAGUUUCCAAAGAAAAAUUUUACAGUGUUACAGACAGACUAAAAGAAACCCUAAAGAGCAAAACUCAAAAAGAUGCCCAGUUCAGUCUGCUUGAAAUGUUUGGGUCCACAGAAGAUAAAGGUGCACAGUCCUCCCAAGAAAAAUACAAGAACUCUGAAUUAAAUAAGAAAAAGCAAAUUGGCUGGUCACAGGAAUCCUUUAAAUACGAUUCUAGUGAUUCUGAAGAUGAAUAUGAGGUGAAAAAAUCAACAGAACCAAAUCAGAACAGUUAUGAAACCAUUUCUGAAAAUAUGAAGGUCACCAGUUCAUUCUUCUUUAAAGAAAAUGAUGCCCGUCUAAAAGAGGGACUAGAGUUUAUCACAACAGCAAAAAGGAUUGGAGAAGAGGAAUUUUCAAAAAGGCGUAGGGAAUUAAAGCUAAUCAUUAGAGCAAAAAUAAAGAACAACAUGAGGAAAAAAAGACCUUGGAAGAAAAAGCUUGGUGGCCAGAAGAAAAAACACGCAGGGAAAAAAAGUAAACAUUAAGAUAACUAAGGUUACAUGUUAUGUAAAAUGUACUUCAUUUGUGUUGUGCAGUUUGGUGCUGAUGGAUUUGUGAUUUUAAUUUUGGUGAUUUAUCUGUGGAGACAGCUGUUUCUUUAUAAUGAGUGUGUGAAGAAAUCUAUUUUGCGCAAAUAUUUUAUAACUUUUAUCUCUCCUUUUUACUGAAAAACAUAAACCAGAAUUUAAAACAAGAGUGCGUAUUGAAUUUUUGCAAGAAAUAGGAAGCUGUUGUCUUUAUAAGCCCACAUUGGAAAGGGAAGAGACUAUGGAUAACUGAUCACAAGUAUAUUUUUUUUAUUUAAUACUACCUGUAGAAGAUCAGUUUGUACAUAAACUUUGUAUAAAAUGAAGAGUAUUUUAAUGUAACUGAGUUUUAAAUUAUUAAUCUCAACAGGGGAAAUAAAGCCGCGAAACUGAAGGCUCUGUGUGAACAUUACGUUUAUGAGGGUGUGCUGAAAAAAGUAAUACCUCCAAAUUUUUUAUGUUAAAACUCUUAAAGCUUUUUAAAUAAAAAAGCUAAAUUAUCA